AUGGAGGUGCAAGUCAAUCCGAACGAGGAUACGGAGUGGAAUGAUAUCCUUCGUCAACAUGGAAUCAUCCCAGAGAAACCGAAAGACCCCGAACCCCUGAUCCAGGAGGCCCUGAUCGAGGCCGAGCGCCGAGCGUAUGAGAACCGAUUGGAGGACAAAGAUCUGGAUGAGCUGGAUGCGCUCGAGGAUGAAGAAGACGAACACUUCAUCCAGCAAUACCGCCAAAAGCGCCUUGCUGAGCUCUCCACACUCCAACAAACCAGCCUCUUUAACCAAGUCUACCCACUCCAGAAAGUCGAUUACGCCCGCGAAGUAACCGAAACUUCCAACAACGCCUUCGUCCUCGUCAAUCUGACCUCCCAGGGCGGCAACGUCGAAUCCCGUGUCCUAACCGAGCUCUGGCGCCAAUUGGCGGCCAAGUUCGGCGAUAUCAAGUUCUGCGAGAUCCGUGCCGACAUGUGCAUUGAGGGAUACCCGGAGAGAAACACACCCACCAUUCUCGUCUAUAAAGACACCGAGAUUAAGAGACAGCUCGUCACGCUGCGAGAACUUAAUGGUCCCCGGACCAAGGUGGAAGACCUGGAGCGGAUGCUCGUUGAUAUUGGAGCGGUGAAGGAGAGUGAUGUUCGUCUCAAGAAGCGCUCCGAUUCGGACGAUGACCGCGGCAAGGAUGAGGAGCUCAACGUUGAAGAUUAUGAUGACGACUGGGAUUGA